GGGACGCCGGGCUACCGUUUUGAGCUUUCCCAGCCAAACCGAGACCGGGGACUAACUGGACUACGGCUUCCUAAUCCUCGCCGGUGGCCGUUACUCGGGGUUUAUCCGCCUUCGCUCGCAUUUCCGAAGGGCUUGCGUCGACGGCCAAAAAAUAGAGAUCGAAAAUAAUAGAUUUUGCCUAUCAUGAGAGGGAGAAGGGGCAGGCCGCCCAAACCCCUGACGUUACCCCCAGAAGAAUCGUCCGCGGCACCGGUGCGUGGUUUAAGACCAAGGAGGAAUCUGAAACCGAGACUGAGAGACAGCGGCGAUGAGGACAUCGAGAGCCCCAAAAGGGACCCCGCCAGGGCGACCAGGGGGAAAAGAAAGGGCCGACCGGGCGCGUCAACCCGGGGCAGGGGAAGAGGCAGAGGUGGCGGCAGAGGAGGUCGUGGAGGGAGGCGGACGGCUCUCUCCAAAACGGUGGUCUACGACGACCACGAGAGCGAGGACGACGACGACGCUGUCAGUUUGAGAUCGGAGGAGGACGAGUUCGUUGAGGAAGAGGCUUUAUCCGAGGAGGAGGAGGCCCUCAAGGAAGACUCCGAUUGCCUGGAUAACGUGCUGGAUGAGGAGGAAGAUGAUAACAGCUACUGUACGGAGAGUAGCUUUCGCAGUCAGAGCACACACGCCAGCACUCCGGGGAAGAAGAAGCUGCGGGCUACCCGACCUCGCAGUCCUAUCCUGGAGGAGGAGGUUCCUCUUCUUGAGCUUCCAGAAACCUCUGAAGAUCUCCUGAUACCAAGUGAUGAUUUUCUCAACGUUGCCUCCAUCUAUGAAGUUUUGCGCAACUUCAGCACAGUGCUACGGCUCUCCCCAUUCCGUUUUGAGGACUUUUGUGCGGCACUGGUUGGCCAGGAGCAGUGUACGUUAAUAGCAGAGACCCACAUUGCCCUGCUAAAGGCCAUUAUGCGUGAGGAAGACUCUUCCAACACCACCUUUGGCCCUGCUGACCUUAAGGACAGCGUCAACUCCACCUUAUACUUUAUUGACGGCAUGACAUGGCCUGAGGUUUUGCGGUCUUACUGUGAGAGUGACCAGGAGUACCACCAUGUCCUGCCAUACCAGGAGAUGGAUGAUUACCCCUAUGGCCCUCUGGAGAGCAAGAUCAAGGUAUUGCAAUUUUUAGUUGACCAGUUCCUCACCACCAACAUUGCCCGUGAGGAGUUGAUGUCAGAGGGGGUGGUGCAGUACGACGACCACUGCCGAGUCUGUCAUCGCCUAGGGGACCUGCUCUGCUGUGAGACCUGCUCAGCAGUGUAUCACCUGGAGUGUGUGAAACCGCCACUGGAGGAAGUUCCAGAGGAUGAGUGGCAGUGUGAGAUCUGUGUGGCACACAAGGUACCCGGUGUUACAGACUCUGUGACUGAGAUGCAGAAAAACAGGCCCUAUAUCCGCCAGGAGCCCAUCGGAUAUGACCGCCACCAGAGAAAAUACUGGUUCUUCAACAGAAGGAUAAUUGUUGAGCAGGACGGGGAGCAUGAGAAGAAACAGAUCUGGUACUACAGCACUAAGGCACAACUUGGGCAGCUCAUGGAGUGCCUUGAUAAGGACUACUGGGAGAUGGACCUCUAUGCCACCCUGGAGGAGCUGAAAGAGGAGGUGCAGGCUCACAUGGACAUCACAGAGGACCUCACAAACAAGGCUCGUGGAAACAAUAAGGCCUUCCUCACUGCUGCAAACGAAGAGAUCAUGGAGCGGGUGAAGCUCGGUCAGGAGACACAAGAAAUGAAGAGGCGAGCAGAAGAGGCCGAAGGCAGGCAGCAGGCAGCAGAAACUGGCCCUGCCAAGACAGUUGAGAGCCCUACUGAACCCGCCUCACAGACAGACAACAGAGAAAACAAAGAUCUUGCAUCUAAAGAAGAUACUACUUUGCAAGAGAACAACGUGAAAGCUGAGUCUAAUGCUCAGGAGAGGGCCCCUGGCCAGAGCCAGCAGCAGCAGCAGCAGCAGCAGCAGCAGCAGCAGCAGCAGCAGCAGCAGUCACCUCAGCCAGCUGAGGGGAAUAGUAGCAGCAGCCAGGAGUCAGGAACUGUGGGCCUCAGGGAAGCAGAGGAGCCUGACCUGGCUGACAGGUCCUCCCAGUCCUCUUUCACCAGCCAGGAUGGGACAGAGGAGUACAAUGAGAAGGUCAAGAGUGGCAGAACAGCAGCAAUAGGACAGGAGUCCAAUAACCUGAUGCCUAAGGGCAGCAAGGAGUCAUCUCCUGCAAGGUCUGACAGCGAAGCCUCCCGCUCCAGUACUGUCAAAAAGGACCCUGUGAAGACCAACAGGAACAACUUGUUCAAGCUGGGCCAGGAGGGCAAAUACAGAGUCUACCACAACCAGUACAGCACAAACGUCCUUGCCCUCAAUAAGCACCAGCAUCGGGAGGACAAUGACAAGAGGCGCCACCUCUCCCACAAGUUCAGCUUGACCGCUGCUUCCGAGUUCAAGUGGAAUGGCUCCAUCCAUGGGUCCAGAGUCCUCACCAUCUCCACCUUGCGUCUCACCAUCAUCCAGCUGGAGACCAACGUCCCUGCACCUUUUAUGCAUCCAAACUGGGCCUCACACCGGUCUAACUGGAACAAAGCAGUACAGAUGUGCAGUAAAGCCAGGGAAUUUGCCUUGGCCUUGGCCAUCCUUGAGUGUGCCAUCAAACCAGUGGUCAUGUUGCCUGUAUGGAAGGAUUCUCUUGGACACACAAGACUUCAUCGCAUGACCUCCAUGGAACGGGAGGAUAAGGAGAAGGUGAAAAAACGAGAGAAAAAGUUGGAGGACGAGGAGACAAUGCAGCAGGCCACCUGGGUGAAAUACACCAUCCCCAUCAAACACCAGGUGUGGAAGCAGAAAGGGGAGGAGUACAGGGUGACUGGUUAUGGGGGUUGGAGCUGGGUCAGUAAGACCCAUGUGCCACGCUUUCUUCCAAGAUUACCAGGGAAUACAAAUGUCAACUACCGUAAAGAGCUGGAGGCAGCUAAAACAUGCAAGGAAAACCCAGGCAGUCUUGAAGAUUCACUGAACACUGACAAACAAACAGCUCAGGGCACUGUGGACAUCGUCAAGGAGCAAACAUCCUGCACUGUGACAUCUCAGAGCACCUCAUUAGUGGAGGGCCAGAUCGGAGGCACGAAUGAAAAAGAAAGGCUCACAGAGAAAGAAGAGGCAAGAAAUGCGGCUGAAAAUACUGAGGAAAAAAUGGAAGUUCCUCUGAGCCCAACAAAUAAGCCCAGCGACUCGUCCAGUGAAAAGAAAGAAAAUUUUGAUAAAAGAGGCCCUUCAUCACCUGCCAGCCAGGCUGUAAAGGAAGAACCUUUGGGAGAAUCCUUGAAGGAGGAGAAUUUGGCAACAAAACCCUUCAACUACGAUGUGGUGAAUGUCAGUGAGGGCUUCCAGAGGCGGACAGCCUACAAAAAGAAGGUUAAGCCCUCCAAGCUGGAUGGGCUGCUUGAGCGCCGGGUCAAACAGUUUACCUUGGAGGAAAAGCAGAGGCUGGAGUGGCUGAAACAGUCACCCCUGCAGUCCAAACUAGUCGCUGCAAAGUCCGGGUUAGGUGUCAAGACUGAAGGUAUCGCUGCAGUCAAAAAGGAGUCAGCGGUAAUUCCGUGUGCAAAGUCUGACACGCAAGUGAAAGACCGGGUGGUUAAAAAGCUUGACUUUGAACAAGAGCAGACAGAAACAAAGACUCCGACCUCAGGUGAGAUAGGCCACUCGAAUGUCAAAAUAGACUCCACAGAAUCCACAGGACCAAACCACAGCACAAGGAGUGAGCCAUGUGCUGUGCAAGGGAAUGGUGGGGAGGUCUUGGCCCAUAAGGAGGUGAAUGGAAGUGACCAAGUGAGCACUGUCACCGUCAGAAAAGAAGAUUCUACAUCAGAGGCAGUAGUGAGUGUAGACAAACCACACAAACCAGAGGGGGCUUUAGCAGGAGAAAACCCUAAGAAGCGUCGGUAUGAGGAGACCAAGCAAGACGGUGGACAGCACGAGACAGAAUGCAUAGGGUCAGACCUAAGCAUAAUCAGUCCCAUGCAGGUUAAUGGGAAAGCUGCAGCUGAUGCCCCUAUGGACCCAAAAAUCAACUUGGACCUGGGCAACCAAGGUGAGAUCAAAGCUGUUUCCCAGAAAGAGUCUGUCAAAUCUUUGAUGAAUGGAAACCUCUCCCAGGACUCUGUGUCCGAUGCCGAUCACCCACCUCCCAUGAAGGUUCCCAGGUUAGAGAAUCACGUGGCAGAGAAGGCAGACUCUUCCUUGAGCAUCGGUGCCACCUUAAUAACCGAUAAAAAACAGGAAGUGCCCAUGGAAACUGAAGAGUCAGUUUUCACUGAGCUGCCAUCCUUAACCGCCCCAAGCCUUAGCAAUAACAAUGCAGAAAACUGCAGUAGUUCUAAUAGUAGUAGUUGUAAUAGCAGUAGUAGUGAUGGUGCAAAGACAAUUUCCCAGGUAACCAUCACCACUACUACCACUACCACAAUAACCACAGAGUCCCAGAAGAUGCAUAUGGCAGAGGUGUCCAGCAGCAGUAAUAAGCCUUCUUUGGUGUCCACAUCAGAGAGCAGUGCAGUCUCCACCCUUGUCACUACCACCAUCACCUCUACCAAAACCACCAAUGCCCAGGUCAGCCCUAUGAGCCCUGUGGCAACAGUUUCCCAGAACACCAAGACCAUGAUCACAUCCACGGUUACAGCCUCUAAGACGGGCUCGUCUGGUUUAUCAGCAAAUAGUUCCAUGACGGUGAGUAAAGAGUAUACCACCAGAGACCGGGUCAGCCUCCUGAGGUUCUCUAAAUCCAAGAAGGCACGCUCUGGUACAGCCCUGCCGUCCUACCGCAAGUUUGUCACCAAGAGCAGCAAAAAGAGCAUCUUUGUUCUGCCCAAUGAUGACCUGAAGAGGCUGGCAAGGAGGGCAGCGAUCAGAGAGGUGCCCAUCUUCAACUACAAUGCCAAGCCAGCCCUGGACAUAUGGCCCUAUCCCUCCCCCAGACCCACCUUUGGCAUCACAUGGAGGUACCGUCUCCAGACUGUGAAGUCCCUGGCCGGGGUCAGCCUGAUGCUAAGGUUACUGUGGGCAUGCCUGAGAUGGGACGACAUGGCUGUCAAGCCUUCUGCUGCUGUAGGGACAACUCGGAAAGAAACCACCGACACGGACGUCAUCACAACAGAGAUCAUCAAACGCAGAGAUGUGGGGCCUUACGGCAUCCGCUCAGAAUACUGCGUGAGGAAGAUCAUCUGUCCCCUCAGCAACAGAGACACUCCCAAAGUAGAGACUCCCACUCCCCAGAGGAAAGGCUUGCGCUCCAGCGCCUUGAGGCCCAAGAAGCCAGAACCGGCCAAGCAGACUGGACCCAUCGCAGUGGAGUCAUGGGUGGCUGAGGAGGAGCUGGAGCUGUGGGAGAUCAGGGCCUUCGCAGAGAGGGUGGAGAGGGAAAAGUCCCAGGGUGCAGAUGUGUUGAAGAUUGGCAGCAGUCUAAAGACUGCUGAAGAUGUAAAGGCCCAUCUAGAGGCUCAGUUGAAACAGGCCAGAUUGGCUGCUCAGCAGAAACGUCUGGAGCAGCAGAAAGCAUCUGGUACUGCCACCAUCCCCUCAACCACCACCUCAACCGCCACCACCACCACCCCUACCAGCACUCCCAGUACCCCAGCCUCCACAGGCCUGAAGACAGGCCAGGUCACACCUGGGACCAAGAUGGUCCUGGCCUCCAAACUGAGCUCACCAGUGUCCUUCCAGCAGGACAAGAAUUUUCAACAGUCUUUUGCUUCCUGGGUCAAUCAGGGUCAGACUAACAACUCAGGUGUUGUCCAACAGAAAGUUCUGAGCAUUUUCCCCUCUGGCCCCCCUGCCAACCUGCGGACCUACAGCACGUUGCACCCCACCACGGGCAACAUCAACCUCAGAGCCACCACUGCAGCCUCAACCACGCAACAACAGGGCACCACAGGAGGGGGCCAGGUUAGGCCAGGCAUGACCAUGAUCCGCUCAUCCACCCAGAGUGCAACCAUGGGCACAGCAAUGGCUAGAAGUCCAAUGUUGUCUCAACAAGGUCAGCCGCAGCAGGCUAUCGCUCAGUUAGGCCGUGACCCACCCGUAUCUACAGCUGUGUCCGGUGCCAGUCCAGUGCAGACCAGUGCAGCUCAGAGAGCAGUGGGUGCUGCACCGUCACCACGUGCAGCUACCCCAGCACCAGGGCAGGUCCCAGCUGCUCCUCCCCCCUCUUCCCAGUCCAACCGGCCUCGGCAGGGUGAAGUUAAGCUCACUAUGGCUCAGCUCAUGUUGCUGACACAGGGGGCUCAGGAAGGAAACCCCGGUCUGACAGUGGUGAUCCAGGGCCAGGGCCAGACCCAGGGUCAGCUGCAAAUCAUCCCUCAAGGAGUAACAGUCAUCCCUGGACCUGGCCAGCAACUCAUGCAGGCAGCCAUGCCCAAUGGCCAGGUCCAGCGUUUCCUCUUCACCCCCAUGCCCCCAGCUUCAUCCGCCUUAACCUCAGCAACCACCUCUACUGCCACUGUGAAGCCUACAUCAACCCAGAGCUCCACAUCAACACCAGCCCAAGUCCAGACAACUGCCUCAACUCUGGCCCAUACCCAGGUUUCAGCCCCUGUUCCUGUCCGAGCACAGGUUGUACUCCCAGCCUCAAGUGCUGCUAAAACCCAAUUGGCUACCCCAACCAUGGCCCAAACCCACAUUUCUGUCCCUGUCCCAGCCUUAGCCCCUCCACAAAUCCAAGUGGUGGCACCUCCACCUACCCCAGCACAAGUUGCUGCUCCAAAAAUGACCCAAACACAAGUCUUAACCCCACCUUCAGCCCCUGCACAAAAACCAGUUGAACCCCAAACACAAGUUUUGCCCCCAACUCAAGCCUUAGCCCCUGCAGGAACGCAAAUCAUGGCCUCUUUACUUGCCACAACACAAGUUGCACCCCCAAUCCAGACCCCAGUAAAUGCCCUUGCCCUGAGUACUGCCCCAGACACUGCCCAAAAGCAAACUGGGGCUUCUGUAUCUGCUUUUACGCCAGUCCAAGUAACAGCCCCCUCUAGAGUUGUUGCUACAGUUGUAGCCACCACAGCCAGUACCCAAAUACCAGUUUCUGUCCUUGCAUCUACUCUUUUGCCUGCCCCAGUCCAAACACCGGUCUUUACUCCUGCUGUUGCUCCUGUCCCAUCUCUUGCUAAAGCCCCAGUCCAAAUUCAAGCAGCAGCCCCUGUCCCUGUUCUUGCUACAGUGGCCCCUGCUGUUGUUACACCUGUCACAGCCACCUCCACAACACCUUCAGUGCCAGCUUUGGUGGGGCAGACUGCAGCUCAGCCACAGGUUUUAACUCCUGUCUCAUCUCAAGUCCAGUCCCCAGUCCAGCCAGCUCAGCAGGCUGCAGCUCUUGUCCAGCCCCCUGCCUUGGCCCAUCUGUCCACCCCAGCUACUGUACCUGCCUCUCCCCCAGCUCUUGCCCCUGUUUCAGUUGCAACAUACCCACCCACUACCCCUCAAACUCAAGUGCAACUUCCACCACAGUCUAAAACACAGGUCCAGCACACAGCAGCUGUACCUGGACAGCAGGUACCCCAGUUGCCAGCCUCACCUGCGCAGGUUCAUAUGAAAGCUUUACCUGUGUCCUCUGUUGUCACUCAAACCACAGUGAGGCCCACCCAAACUCAGACUCAAGCCCCAUAUCAGGCCCCUACACAGUUUCAGGCCCAGCCUCAAGCCCAAAUCCGGGCACAUAUUCAGGUCCAGCCCCAUAUACAAGCCCAACAAAUCCCUCACAUUCAACCCCAAACACAUCUACAGGCCCAAGUGCCAGCCCAACUCCACCCCCAGGUCACAGUACAGUUUCAGCCUCGGGCACAAAUUCAGCCACAGACACAGCAACCAUCUCAAGUCCAACCUCAGCCCCUGGCACCAUUUCAACCUCAGGUUCAGCUUCAGUCCCAAACUCAAACCCAAACCCCACCCCAGGCCCAAGUCCAGCCUAGAGUACAUUCUCAGUACCAGCAGGUACAAGUCCAAUUUCAGCCACCGGCACAAACCCAGCCUCAGGCUCAGCAACAGCCCCAGGUCCAACCUCAGCCCCAGGUUACAACACAGCCACACAUUCAGUCUCAUGCCCCUGCUCAACUCCAGCCCCAGCCACAGGUCCAAGCCCAACUCCAACCACAGGUUCAAGUUCAGUUCCAGCCGCAAACCCAAAUUCAUCCUCAGCCACAAACCCAGCAACAGCCCCAGGUCCUCACUCAGCCACAGAUGCAGCCUCAAAUCCAAACUCAGCCCCAGGUUCACCUUCAGUUCCAGCAGCCUCAGGUCCAUCCUCAGACAGGUCAACAACAGGUCCAGGUCCAAGCUCAACCCCAAAUCCAAGCCAAACUACAAGUGCAGUUUCAGCCACAGAGCCAAACUCAAAUUCAAGGCCAGCCCCAGCUUCAGGUGCAGUCUCCAAUCAGACACCAACUAAUCACUGUUCCGGGUCUCCAACAACCAGUUCAGCUCCUCUCUGCUCUCCCACCUCAUGUUGCGGCCCAGAUCCAAGCUCAGAUCCAAGCACAGGCACAACAGCAGGGGGGUGCAGUACCUCAACAGAUCAAGCUGCAGCUGCCUAUUCAGAUCCAGCAGCCAGGGGGGCAGGUGCAGGCCCACCAGAUCCAGAACAUGGUGACCAUACAGGCACCAGCCAGCGUUCAGGAGCACCUCCAGCGGAUGCAGCAACUUCGAGACCAACAGCAACAACAGCAGCAGCAGCAGCAGCAGCAGCAGCAGCAACAGCAGCAGCAGCAGCAGCAGCAGCAGCAGCAGCAGCAGCAGCAGAAGAAGAAGAAACAGCAGCAGGAAGCCAAAAGGGAGCAGAAAGAGCAAAAUCUACAGGUCACCAGCCAAGGGGAUGGCAUCCACAAACAGGCAACGGUGAAGCAGAAUGCUUCAGCAGAGCACCCGAAGCAGAGGAAGACCCUUGCAGCAGCAGAGCGCGAGGAGAACCAGAGGAUGAUUGUAUGCAAUCAGGUAAUGAAAUUCCUCCUGGACAAAAUCGAGAAGGAUGAGAAGCAGGCGGCUAAAAAGAGGAAGAAAGAGGAGGUUGUGGAACAGAAGCGCUCUAAACAGAAUGCCACAAAGCUGACUGCACUGCUUUACAAACACAAAGAACAGCUCAAGGCCGAGAUCCUGAAGAAGCGGGCCCUCUUGGACAAGGAGCUGCAACUGCAGGUGCAGGAGGAACUGAGGCGAGACAUAGCCCGGCUCCAGAAAGAGAAGGAGAAGGCACGCGCUGCUAUUGCUCAGGCAGCCGCUGCUGCCGCCGCAGCCAAGGCAGCCUCUCAGGCCCCCCACUCCUCCCAUUCCUCCCACUCCAGCCAUUCCUCUCAUCCUACCCAGGCAGUGACCUCGUUCCAGAAACGCAAGAGGGAGGAGGAGCGAAGUAAAGACAGAAACAGGGAUAAGGACAGACACCGCGACAAGGACAAGAAGCGGGACAAGGACAAGGACAAGGACAGAGAGAGAGACAGGGAUAGAGAACGUGAACGUGAGAGGGAGAGAGAUGGACAACGGGACAGACAUCGGGACAAGGACAGAGAAAGGGACAGAGACAGGCACAGAGAUUCCAACUCUUCGAAACACAAGAAGAAGAAGACUAUCUCCACUACCUCAAAGGAUGACAAGAAGGACACCAAACUGUACUGCAUCUGUAAAACGCCCUAUGACGAGUCAAAGUUCUACAUUGGAUGUGACUUGUGCUCCAACUGGUUCCACGGCGCGUGUGUUGGCAUCACCGAGAAAGAGGCCAAGAAGUUGGAGGACUUUGUCUGCAAUGACUGUAAACGUGGCCAGGAAGGAGGAAGCAAUGAGGAACUGUACUGCAUCUGUCGUACGCCAUAUGAUGAAUCGCAGUUUUACAUUGGCUGUGACCGUUGCCAGAACUGGUACCAUGGGCGCUGUGUAGGUAUCCUACAAAGCGAAGCCAACCACAUAGAUGUGUACGUCUGCCCGCCAUGCCAGUCAACAGAAGACGCCAUGACGGUUCUCACGCCGCUCACUGACAAAGACUACGAGGGGUUGAAGAGAAUACUGCGCUCGCUGCAGUCUCACAAAAUGGCAUGGCCUUUCCUUGAACCAGUGGAUCCCAACGAUGCCCCUGAUUAUUACCGUUUGAUCAAGGAGCCAAUGGAUUUUUCCACAAUGGAUAGCAGAUUACAAAAACGGCAUUACCACAAGCUCACAGAGUUUGUGGCAGAUGUGACCAAAAUAUUUGACAACUGCCGCUAUUACAACCCCAAUGACUCCCCCUUCUUUCAGUGUGCUGAGAUCCUGGAAGGGUUCUUUGUACAGAAGCUGAAAGGUUUCAAAGCGAGCAGGUCUCAUAACAACAAGCUACAGUCCUCCUCGGCAUCUUAGAACGCACCACACAUUGCUUAAACAAAAUGCACUCGCCAUGAAAAUGGCCUUUUUCUUAACAAUACAUUGGUGGUGCGCCUCAUCCUGCGCUUUGGAACAACUCAUCUCGACUCGCAACACACGUCCCCCCAGAUGAAGUGGUGUCAGAACAACCUGCGCUGCUGCUUCCACAGAGCUGCUAGGUAGGGGCUUGUCAUCUAUGCCCGGUUCUGGACCCGGGGACCUUUUUUUCGGGCCUGUUUUUUGGCAGUUGGACCGUAAUGCAGAUUGUGAAUAAAGGCAUUUCAGAAGAAAGUUUACCUCGACGGAAAGACUCUUAAGGAGCUCACACGUUUCCAUGUACUUUUUUUUUUUUUUUUUUUUUUUGGACCCGAGUCUCAUUCUGACAAUGUUUCGUUUCUGUUGAGAAGUCCGUAGGCCAUCAAUGUGGUCGUCACGUCUUCGGAGAAACGACUGUUGGGAGUCCUGAAAUACGAUGGCUGAGUUUUACUGAGCAUAAACGUAUCUACGGUGUGUGUCUUUUCGACUCAUUGCUUUGUCUAAAGAGGCAUGGGAGACUUAAUAAAAGUUCUGCUGACGUCAGUGGUCCGUUUCAGUCAAGCUUCUAUGCAGUGUUUCUCAACCCAGUCCUCAAGGACCCCCUAUCCUGCAUAUUUUCUUUGCAACCCUGAAUAGGUACCUGUUUGUAGUUAUUCAACCAAUCGGCAAUGAAUUUUGUCAGAUGUUGCACACCUUGCAUAAUUAAGUGGCUGCGAGAUGAUUGGUCGAGUAAGUACAAGCAGGGCUACCUAUGCAGGGUUACAGUGAACAUCUGCAGGAUAGGGGUUCCUUGAGGACUGGGUUGGGAAACACUGUUCUAUAGCCUACUGAAUAUAAUAAGCUAUUAAGAAUGAUUUGCUUCGCAGUAGUGGCUGACUGAAAAGGGUUGAGAGCGAUGUGUAUUUGAAGGUAAAACAUGACCUGUUUGUAAAAUUUGUCAAAUUUUGACUUUCUUUUUUUUGUAUUACAGCUGAAGAAAUAUUGAUGUAUAUGAAACAAAAUAAAUGGAAAA